GGACCAUGUUGUUGCCGCAGUGUUCGCAGUGUUUCCGUGAUCCGCGUUGAGUUCGGUGCAAAUGUAGGAAUGUCAGAGGCUAAACGGGUACCUUUGCAGACCUUGGAGUUUCCGGAGUCCUUGGGCUACGCCACGAAGAAGGAGAAAAAAGGGGAAAAGGGCAAACAGCUCGCGCCCUCCUUCCGCUUCACACUUACCCUGCCAGAGUCGAACGAGAAGGCAUGUCCUGAGUUCAACUAUGCACAGCUCCUCAAAGCAGCCGAGAAAAAACGUAGGAAAGAGGUGAAACAAGAUGAAAAUACAACCAAUGGACUGUCCUUCGACGAUGAUGACGACGAUGACAAACUCCGAGAUAUGGCAAGACGGUUCGAGGCGAAAUAUGGAACAUCUACUAUAGGAAAGAAGAGGCAUAAAUAUAAUGAUUAUGUAGAUUUGGGUGCUGGGUAUGAUGAAAAUGAUUCUUUCAUCGACAAUACUGAUGCGUAUGAUGAAAUUGUACCAGAAGAGAUGACCACAGCACAUGGUGGUUUUUAUAUCAAUUGUGGAGCUCUUGAGUUUAAAACAGCAGAGCGACAUUCAUUAGUUCACAAUAAUAAUAACAAUAACCAGAGUAAUGAUGAGGAAAGUAGCGAAAGUAGUGAAGAAGAUACAGAAGAUGUAGAUAGUCCCAAAAGAUCAGACAAACGACAUAUUAGUUCAUCGGAUGAAGAUGAUACUGAGGAUAUUACUGGUGAUCAACCAAGAAAAAAGCAAAAGAUAGAUGAAAAUGGUGAAAAGAAACAAACUAACGAAAAUGUCAUUAAAAAGAAGAAACAACCAAAUCCCCAAGAUCAACAGAACUCUCAACAAGAUGGAGAUACCUUAAAUAGACGAAAAGAGAAAGGAGAAACUACAGAUGCAGAAGUUUCAGAAGAUCAAGAAGACAAGAAGAAAUUAGAUACACAGAAAAUAGAUACGCAAAAAAGUAAAAGUACAUCAGAUAAAAAAUUUGAUAUAAAAAAGUUUGAAAAAAAGACUUCGAAUAGUAAUGGUUUUGAUGGAAAGAAAUUAGAACUAAAAAAAUUAGGUUGUAAAGAUAGUAAUAUUGAUGAUGCAAUAGAGAGUGUAGUUAAUGCUGCAAGAGUUGAGGAUGAAUCAAGUAGAGAUACAACAGAUUCUGGCAAAUCUCGUUGUAUAGGUACAGAAUCUGAAUGUGAUGAUAUUGAUAAAGAAGGAGCACCAUUGCCUGAUUCUCUUCCAGAAAAUGUUGUAGAAAUAGUUAAUAAGUUGAAGGCACGUGCCGAAAACAGUAAAGAAGGAAAGACUAAAUUUUUCAAUGCAUCAGUAAAUACGUUAUUGUUUAGUCUAGAGAAGAGGUUGAGGAUGCUUUCACCUCAAAGUUUAAGGUUAGAAACGUAUGGACAUCUCGCACGAUUCUUACCAUGUAGUAAAGUAGCACUUCAAAAUAGAGCAAAAAAAUUGUUUGUGCAGGACCUCGAAUAUAAGACUAAGGAUCUUAUACAAAGGUAGUCUCAUACACUAUCAUGCUUGCUGAAGGAAAGUAAUCCUCCUAUAUACUGGAAAGUAUACCGGUACUGUUGUGAAAUGGAGGGAUCGCCUGAAGAUAUUGAAAGUUCCGAUGAUGAAGAUGUUUGUGAAGAUAUAGAUGAGUCUGAAAUUCCUAAAAAACGAUUCCCUUGGACCGAAGAAGCGAAAAAACUUGUUGCUGAAAUUGCAAGUUCGAGGAUUCAAUGUUAUAAUGUUUUGAGACCAAGGAAAUUAAGUAUGUACUCUUUUGUUGGAUCAUAUAUGGUUGAUGAAGUAUUACCAUUAUGGCCCCAUAGAUAUAUGACAGCGCACGCUUUAUUAAAGUUUGUUGGAGAAGCUGAACCUAUCUUGAAAAAGAAAUCGAAAAAGUUAAAAGAGGUUGGUAAUGGUAAUACCGCUAGUUCUGAAAGUGCGAUAUUCAAUUCUGCAAGGACUGAACCAUCAAGUAUAAGUGCCGCUUCUUCGCAAGAAAAAGUUAUAGCAAGUGCGUCUAAAAUUCAAAAUAUUACGGAAAAUUGUACGAGUUAUGUAAAACAAGGAACUACAAAAUCAAGUGAUAAUAUAGAGAAAAAACAACAUAGUAUAAAAAAUAAGGAUAAAAUUAAAGAUAUCAAUUUGGGACAGCACCAUGAAAACUUGGCAAUUGCGUCUAGCAAUUGUGGCAAUUCCACUCUAGGAAAAAUUUCUGUUGUGCCUACGGCUCAGUUGAUGGCUCAAAAACCAGUUAAAAGUCAUGUGGAGAUCAAUUUGAUGGAUUUAGGUAAUAGUUCUCUUUCUAUUACACCGGUUAAUGAUUUUCACAAAUCAUCUACGAAGAUGAAUGAAAAUAAAAAAGAUGUUGUUUCUAUUACCGCUUACUCUGAAACUGCAAAUGUUCUUCCAAAUACAAAUGAAGUGCCUCAAAGUGGACAUCAUUCCGUACACAGACAGGAAGCUUCAUAUUCAUGUACACAAUCACAACAUUCUAAUUAUUCUACAUCUAAUCAAGCUUCUUCUCAUUCGAAACCUGUAUCUUUAAAACACAGACUACUACACGAGAACACUGAUACAAAAAAUGAUAAGAGAUUAGAAGAUAAAGAUAUUGAUUUGCUUAUUAAGACUGAAAAAAGGGAUAAAAAGCGAGAGCGAUGUGUGGAAGUUAAACAUAAAUCGCACGACGUUAAAAAAAGGAAAAAGGAUCAAAAGGUAUUAGAUAAACAAUUGGGACAUGUUAAUUCAGAUGUAGUGCCUAUACAACAACAGCCACAGCCGCCACUUUCGAAAGAAGAGCAGGAACAAAGACAAAACGAAGAAACAAUUGCUGCUACUAAUUACUUAAGUCAAAUCUUUAAUGAUGAUGCAUCUCCAAGAGGAAUGUCGGAUAAGCGAAAAGAUGCGGGACUUAUCUUAGAAGAACCAGUGGGUAAUAUGAUACAACCAACCGAACAGGAAAAAGACGUUCAAAUGGUGAUGAGAUCGUUAAAGGAAUUGCAAGAAUUACAAGAAAUGAAGUAUUCACCGAAUAAUUCACCAGUUAGUAGUAAUAUACAGAAACCUAACAAGUCGAAUACACAAUGUGCUACUUACCAAGAUGAAUAUUCACGCUUAUAUCUAAAAAAAGACAUUAAACUAAAGUCUAAAGAAGAUUCACAAUGGUAAUAUCAAACAAUGUGCACUAUAGACGUAAAUUAUGUUGAACAGGAUGGAAAAGCCAGUGAACAGAUAAUAAUUUCAUAGAGACCUAUAGGCGGACUUUUCAGUAAAUCUGUAUUAUUUUUGAUGAGAAAAAAAAAAAUUAGUGUGAAACUGAACUUCUUCCAUUACUACAAGUCGCGUUAUUAUCGACGACCAAAACCAUAUGCAACUGAUAAAUAGCGUACCGCGAUCGCAUUGUAUCGCACCAGUUUUUAAAUAUUUUAACAAACCGCCAAAUUGUGUAAAUAUAUUCAUUCGUAGGAAUUUGAAA